CUCUCACUCUCUCUCACCGUUGAUCAUGAUGAAGAGCAAGAACAAGGAAGAAGAAGAGGUGUCUGGGACAUUCACAUGGGUGAUCGAAAACUUCUCUAAGCUCAAGAACGAAAGGCAUUACUCUGACGUUUUCACCAUCGCUGGUUUCAAAUGGACGAUCCUAGUAUGGCCGAAGGUCAACGAAGUAAAUUCUGAAAUGCACUUCUCCAUGUACUUGUGUGUCCCAAGUGCUUCAACUCUGGAAUCUGGUUGGACUAGAUUUGCCCACUUCAGCUUGAGUGUGCUCAAUCAACUGGACAGCAAUAAGACAAUUACAAGGGCUACAAAGGGCUCUUAUAAAAAGUUCAAAGAACCCACAAGUGAAUGGGGCUUCAAUUCAUUCAUGCUGCUCAGUGAACUUUAUGACGAGACUGCAGGUUAUCUUGUGAAUGAUAAAUGCAUUGUUGAAGUGAAGGUCCAUAUUCCAAUAUACCAAAGAGCUAAUGGUUUUGCAGAAUCUGCACUUAUGGAGCCCGAAAUGAAAGAGCGUGGUGGGCAGGAACCUUCACAUGUGCAUUCAGUGCAUACUCCAGAAUCUUCUCCGACACCUAAGACACCAAGUUCAGAACCGCUGACUCCUUUCCAAGAAACAUCAGGUCCUGAACAAGUUUGCACUAAGGCUAUUGUUGAAAGCCUUCCUGACCCUUCUCUAGUCAAGGAGGUUGAGGAAAUUCCCACCAAGCCAACGGGGGAGCUUUUGGAAUUUCGUGGGUUGGGACUAAUAGAGAGAGCUUUCUUUCCGCUGCUGGAGGAAGCUUGUUCAUUGCAUCCUUUGUUGAUUGAGUGCGUACGUAAGAAGAAUCGUAAAGUUAUUGAAUGUGCUUUGACAGUGCUCGGAGGGCUCUUGCAUUUUCUUAAAACAACAAAGGUAAAGGAUAUGAAUGGGGAUGCCUUUGCUCACCUUCAAAGUUUAUGGGAGGAUGUCGAGAUGUUCAGAUUUGACUUGGCUUGGCUGGAGCCACAUGUUCAAUCUGCUUUGGGUAUGAAGAAGUUUCUGGAAAGGGCUAGGAGAGUGAAGAGGUUGAGAGAAGACGUUGAAGCUUUGGAUAAUGAGAAGAAGAGGCGGAGUGCUGCCCUUGCUGUCACAGAGGCAGAGCUUGAGGAAGCGAAGAGAGAGUUGGCUAAGGAGGAAGAGGGCUUCAACGAGAAAGAUAUGGAUUCUGAGCUAGGUUGUGAUCAAACAAUUGGAAGCUGAAGCUACUUCUGCCAAGGUGAAGUGGACCAUCUCAAACUCGACUCGAGAUUAAUUAGCCCGAUAAAUUUAUGGUUCUUGAUUGAUGGGUUGAAAUUUUUACCCCAAUUGCCUGUAUAAAAGUAGUAGGGGUUGAGAUCCUCUCCGGAUCUCCUCCUCCCUGGCGAGGGGAUCAAACAAUCCUGACCAUUGUAGGGGCGUGUUUUGAUUUCCUUUUUCACCUUUUGCUCUGCCCUUCUUAGUUCUGUCUGUAAAUUCUCUUUAUUCUAUCUAAUAAUCUCUCAUUUAGUUCUU